UCUACAAUCUCUCUCUCUCUCUCGCGCACUUCGACCGCCUCAAUCUCUCUGUGUCAUACACUCCUCUCCCUCUCUCUCUCUUCGAUUCUGAAUGCAGUCCUCUCUCUUCCGGUGACCUAGUUUGCUCCGGCGCCGGAACUUCCAUCGGCCGUCAGCCGCCGCCUGAGAUUUCAAUUCCGUCGGGGGAAUUCCCAUACGGUGCUUGGUUGUGCGAUUCGAUUGAAUUAGGGUUUUUCGUUUUGGUUUUUUUUUUUUUAAGAUUGCGGCGGCCACGCCAUGGCUCCGUCGCGUAGACGCGGAGCGAACAAGGCUAAGAACAAGGCGCAGCUGAGUGUCGGCGAUCUUGUCCUCGCCAAGGUCAAGGGCUUCCCCUUUUGGCCUGCCAAGAUAAGCAAGCCUGAAGAUUGGGAGAAAGCCCCUGAUCCGAAGAAGCACUUUGUCCAAUUUUUUGGAACGGAAGAGAUAGCUUUUGUUGCACCUGUAGAUAUUCAGUCAUUCACUACUAGUGAAGAUAAAAGUAGACUAUCAGCUCGUCUUCCAGGGAAACAUAAGUAUUUUCCUCAAGCUGUGAAGGAAAUAUCUGAAGCAUUUGAUGAGUUGCAGAAAAAGAACUCAAAUGAUUUGAGGGUUGAUACUGAUAGAUCGGACCUUGGAAAUGAUGCCCCAUCUGUUGAUUGGGUAGAGGAUAAUGGGGUUAAUGUUGAGAUAAAAGAUGAUAAGGGUGCAGUUGGUUCUGAUGGAAAACCAGUUAAGGAAGAAGGCACUGGUGAUUUUGUCUCUAAGUUGGAGAGUUGUUCACUUAUACGAGGUGAAAUGGAUACUGAAGGUGUAGACCCAUCUACCUCUUGUGGAGAAAAGGAGAGUUCAUCUCUUGUAUCUUCUGUAGAGGAAAAGAAUAAAAUGUCCUCAUUUGUUGACCUUAAUGCUCCAAAGACAUCUAACUCUCAUUUGAAGAAAGAAGUCUCUGAACGUUAUCAUGAAAAUGAUGAUAUUCGCACCAAGAAAUAUAAUGAGGGACAGAAGUCAUCAGUAAAUGGUCAGAAGAUGACUAAGAUGGGUAGUGGUUCAAAGAGGAGAACUGAUGGUACGGUUGAAGCGCACAAGGACAGCCCUUUAAAGUCAGUGAAGGAAGACCAUUCUGUUGGUUGUGUUGAUCCCCUGCAAUCUGGUGAGAGAUUGAGAGAUGGAACAACAGGCAAAACUGUCUCUGGUGGCAAUAAAAGAAAAUUAUCCCCAGAUUCGCUUAAACCUGAAACUGGAAUUAGGGACGGGAAAAGGACAAAAGACCUGCUUAAAGCCAAAAAGUAUGUCAAGAACCUAGAAGAGGCAAAAAACUCUGUGGAUGGUCCUGAAGCACAGACCAGAGAUAGGCUUUCUGGAAGAACAAAAAAUGCUCAUGAUGGGCGUGGAAAGCCUGGUUUGGGAUCAAAUGAUAAUUCACGUCUGCCCAAAAAGGCGAAGCAUGUAGAUGCACGGGAAAAUACUCGGCGGGUUUCAUUCUCAAAAAGUCCUCCUAGUUCUGAUGUUGCUGACCAGAAGAUGGUUAAAAAGUUAGAUUCAAAAGUGUCGACUUCACGUUUUAAAUCCGAGAACAAUCUGGUAUCCAAUUCCCAAAAUGUCAAUGCUUCUGGUGAUGAAGCUGUUCUACCCUUAGCAAAGCGACGUCGUCGAGCGAUGGAGGCUAUGUCUGAUUCUGACACUUUGCUUUCUGAUGAUAUAAUGGAAAAGGCUUCUGUUCAGAAGAAUAAUAUAGCACGGACUAGUGAUGUCAAAGUUUCAGCACCUCAGACACAGAGAAAGCGUAGGGCUGUAUGCCUUUAUGAUGAUGAUGAAGAGGAAGAAAAACCUAAAACCCCUGUUCAUGGAGGCUCUUCCCGAAAUGUUAAAGCACCUUCGAAUCUCUCAAAUCCUAUAAAGAGCAUUGAUGAAAAAAUGGAGAGAUCUGGUAUUGCUCUACACAGAACUAAGCAUGCUGCUGAGGCUCAUGGCAGCCAUACAAAGGAACCAUCUUCCCAGCUAAAGAAUGAGGCUCUGUCCCCUAGCAAAUCUGUAGUAGAUGACAAGAGGUCUCAAAAGCAAACUCAAACUGAUGAAAAGAGGCUGGAAAAGGCAGUGCAUGUCGACUUGAGUCCAGCAAAAUAUACACCUGACCAGCAGGUGUCCAAAGAGGUAAAACCAACCUUGAGUUCUCCUAAGAAGUCUCCUAUGUUGGUUUCUGCUAAUAAACCUGCAGUAGAACCGCAAAAAGCCAAUAAAGCUCCAGUAAAAGGCUCUAGUUCUGCAACUCAGAAAAAGGCUCCAGUUCAGGCUGCAUCUGGCAACAGUUCUAGAACAGUUUCUAAUAGUUUGGGUUCUUCUCAAAAACAUAAACCUACUGCACGGCCAAUCUCCUGGAUGAAUGACUCCGCUAAUUUACAGGAAAAUACAACAGAGCACAAUAUGUUGCCCACAGAAAGAAUGGAAGUUGGUAAAGAAGAUAAAAAUGCGUUAAUGGUUGAUUCUAAGACACUGGAAUCUUCUUCGUCUUUGAAGCAUCUAAUUGCAGCUGCACAAGCAAAAAGGAAACAAACGCAGUCACAUAAUUACAUCUUUGAAUUUUCCGGUUCUGCUUUUCUAUCUAGCACAGACGGAACCUGUCUCAGUCCUUUGGCAGUUCAGGGUCUUUAUCCCAUGAGCAAUAGUGCAUUGCAGGCAGAUAUUUCCGGAUCUAUUCAGCCCACAGACAUAGCUUCUCCAUCUUCUCAUGGUCGCCCUUCUGCAUUACAAAGUCAACUAGACGCUGAGGACAUUUCAGAAAGAAGAGUUAGUUCUGGACAUCAGACGGCUGGAGGAUCACUAAGUGGUGGUACUGAGGCAGCUGUUGCUCGUGAUGCUUUCGAAGGGAUGAUAGAAACUUUGUCUAGGACCAAGGAUAGUAUUAGUCGUGCAACUCGCUGUGCCCUUGAUUGUGCUAAGUAUGGUAUUGCUAAUGAGGUUGUGGAACUGCUUAUCCGAAAGCUGGAGAGUGAGCCUAGUUUUCAUCGUAAGAUUGACCUGUUUUUUCUCGUGGACUCCAUCACUCAAAUCUCACAUACUCAAAAGGGUAUUGUGGGAGCUUCAUAUGUUCCAACUGUUCAAGCAGCAUUGCCACGGCUUCUAGGUGCUGCUGCUCCACCUGGGUCUGGUGCGCGUGAGAAUCGACGUCAAUGUCAUAAGGUUUUACGUCUCUGGCUUGAGAGGAAAAUUUUUCCACAAGGAGUUCUUCGUCGGUACAUGGAUGACAUUGGAGUUUCAAAUGAUGAUACAACUGCUGGUUUCUCCCUUAGACGUCCAUCUCGAUCAGAGCGUGCCAUUGAUGAUCCAAUCAGAGAAAUGGAAGGAAUGUUUGUGGAUGAGUAUGGCAGCAAUGCUACAUUUCAGUUGCCUGGAUUUCUAUCUUCUCACGCAUUUGAAGAUGAUGAUGAGGAGGAAGAAGAAGAAAUUCCAAGCUGUUCGUACAAGGAUGCUAGUCAUCCAUCACCGGUAGAAACUAACCAUGCCUCUGGGGAGUCAGAAACUUGUGCUGUUACUCCAAAUGAUAGGCGGCAUUGCAUCUUAGAGGAUGUGGACGGUGAGCUGGAAAUGGAAGAUGUUUCUGGACACCCAAAGGAUGAAAGAACGUUGUUCAUGAAUGGUUCUGUUGAAAUGGAUCCACCACAGCAAGGGCCAGAGAGGAUCACGGAACCAGCUUCAAGUUCUUACACUGACUUUCCCCCACUUCCAGAGGGUUCCCCACCUUUGCCUCUUGAUUCUCCCCCUCCACCUCCUCCGUUGCCUCCCUCACCACCUCCACCUCCACCACUACCCCCACUGUCUCCACCUCCACCGCCGCCGCCUCCCCCCUCACAGCCUCCGCUUCCAGUACCACUAUCAGGUCCUCCACAUAUGUUGAAUCCUCAGUCAUCUAGACCAACCCAGCCUUCAUUAGUUGUCCAACAGAUGCUGCCCCCUCAAACAUCAAUGCAUUCUUCACCACAGUUGGCAUAUCAACCUUCUGUACCUCAUGAAUACUGCAGCACUGGUGGCAACCAACUUGUCCAAAUGACUGGAAAUGCUCCUCAUGGGGGUGUUGUCGAUUCUUCUGUGAAAACUGAAAUGUUUCAACAGCAGCAAGCGUGCUUUGUCCCACCAGGAGUGUGUGGUCCUCGAGAACAUUCUGGAUUUAAUUCAACUAGGCAAGUAGAGCAUGGACACAGUGACAUUUUCAUAAAUACACAAGUCUCUCAAGCAAACCAACAAUUUCAACAAGGUAAUGCGCCGUUUGGUCCUAGACCUUUACCUCCAGGACCCCCACAAAAUCCAUCGAGUCACUUCUCCUAUGCAAAGCCUCCAAUUCAGCAACAUCCCCAGCAUCCGUACCGAGCUCCAUACCCUUUGCCGCCUGGUCCUGAUAAUCAGAGACGAUUUGUCAGUGAUGAACAGCGGGGUGUCUGGAUAAAUGGUGGAAGGCCUCCACAUCCAGGACCACCAUUUGGCCAUGAAGCUUAUUUUCGGCCACCAGUUGAGAGGCCCCCAGCAAAUAAUAUGAGUUUUCAACGUCCUGCUCCUAAUAAUGUACCAUCAGGAGCUCCUAUAUCAGGUCAUGGUGCUACUCAGAUCUUGCCAUGUAGGCCUGAUACUCCUGCUGUUAAUUGUUGGAGACCAGCAUAAUGUUCACUUUGCUCUGAUUAAAUAUUCUUCUUGAGGGUGGCGAUUUAUCAGUGAGACCACAUCAUGCUGCGCAUCCAGUUCAAGUGAUUUGGUGUACAAAACCUCAAGUACUUGAAGGCAGUGUUGAGAAAUUGCGGAGGCUCUUGACGGGACUGUGUGUAUAUUGUAAUUUUUCCUGACAAAUGUAUCCGAAGAACAUUUGCUUCCAAGUAUAUGCGCAUGUUUCUUUCUUGGUUGCAGCCCAGGAUUGAAGAUAUAUAGCAGCCACUUUCAUGGGGUCACUCAGAAAUAGAUUCCUACUUCGUGGCAGAUACAGUGCUGUAAAGCAUUCAGAAUAAAACAAUAGAAAUAUUUCUAAAAGGAAAGGCAAAAGUCUCGGGGAUCACACAUGUUUUGCUCAAACCAUGCAGAUAUCUAUGGUUUGGCGGGCAUCAAUCGCGAGCAUUAAGAAUAUGAAUGAAAGCCGGGUCAUGACGCUCUGCCAGUUAAAAACGGAAAUCUGUGUUGCUCUCUCCUUGGCCUUGGAUUCAAACGAAGCUGUACUGCAUGUUAGAGCACUGGCAAAGGAGCUGAUCAAAGAAUGAGAUGGGAGACGUGAAGCAAUAACAUGUAACUGGGCAACCAUAUCACCCGAUUGUCUAUUGCAGAGGAAAACUCCCAACUCUUAACCUUUUCAAAUCAC